GUUUAUAACUCACUGACUUCUCUGGGAGCUUUGUGACUAAAUCUGCAUACACACCAUGAAGGAUAUCAUUUUAAACAAAAACCCUGAAUAACAGCUGCCGUGGUUUUUGUUGUUUUGUAGUUUUUAGGUAAAGUGAACCUCAGUUAGAUUUAAUUAAUCUUGCUUGGUGCAUUGAAGAACUCUCUGCACCCCUUCUUUGUACCAGAAACAAUGGCAUCAGCAACAUCUCUGCCCAAGGACAACAGUGCUUUCUCUCUGGCUUUGCUCAAACAGCUGAGCAACAACAACAAGACGGGAAACAUCUUUUUCUCCCCGUUCAGCAUCUCUUCAGCCCUGGCUAUGGUGAUGCUGGGGGCCAGAGGCAACACAGCCACACAGAUGUCAGAGUGCUUGCAAACCGAGGAUUGUUGGGGUGAUGUUCACAGCAGCUUUCCCAAACUUCUCACUGAACUCAACAGGACAGAUGCUCCAUUUACCUUCAGUGUUGCUAACAGACUGUACAGAGAGAAGUCCUGCCCCUUUACUCAGAAAUUCUUAAUACAAAGCAAGAAACAUUACAGCACAGAGCUGGAGUCUGUGGACUUCAAGACCAGGGGCCCGUUCUUCGUACCUCGCUAA